CAUCAUCUGAUUUGAUCAUCAGAGGCUUGACAGACGAACUCCACUCCUUCAUCUGAGAGUUACUUCAGUGAGACCUCUUCUUUUCAACCAUCAUGUCAAAUCAAACUACAGAAUCAAAGAAUGACUUGGGGCGCUACAACAAGCCGGUGCCGAGGUCCAACCUUGAGGAUAUUGAUGAUUCUGAGACUUUUGCUGAAGAUGUCAUACCCCCACCCACUGGCAGAGGAUAUGCACCUGCAGGCGAUUCUCUGUCAGUGCAGAACGUCGACAUGUGUCAGCAGAUUAAUGAACCAAACCACUAUACGGCCUCCUAUGACAUCCAAAACCUGGUGGUCCGUCGUGGUCAGGAGUUUGUGAUCAGAGUCACCUUCAACCGCCCACUGGCGCAAGACGACGACUUCCAGGUCGAGUUCCUGAUUGGUUCCAACCCAUCACCCAAUAAGGGGUCCCUGGUGGUAGUGACCUUUGGUGCCCGUCAUGGUGGACCGUGGUCGGGUCAGAUUCUGGAGCAGCAGGGAGAGUCUGUGAUGCUGGGCAUCACGCCAACACCCAAUGCUAUUGUGGGGAAGUACCGUACAUACGUGGCCAUCGAGGUUGGCGGCAGCAUGCAGAGAACCAGCAGGGACACCAGCACCGACCUUUAUGUGCUGUUCAACGCCUGGUGUCCAGAGGACACUGUGUUUCUUCCUAAUGAAGCAGAGCGGCAAGAGUACGUCCUGAACGACUAUGGUAUGAUCUACCAGGGUUCAGUCGGAUCUGUGUCACACCGUGACUGGGUGUAUGGACAGUUUGAGCGCGGUAUUCUAGACGCCUGUAUUUACAUCAUGGAUGCGUCACGGAUACCGAUCUACGACCGUGGCAGCGUCAUCAAAAUGGUCAGGAUGGGAUCUGCCAUGAUUAACUCUCAGGAUGAUAGGGGCGUGUUAGUUGGGAACUGGAGUGACGAUUACUCGAUGGGCAGGUCCCCGACAUCUUGGACGGGCAGCGUCAAGAUCCUGCUGCAGUACGCCAACACUGGAGUCCCUGUCUGCUUCGCCCAGUGCUGGGUGUUUGCUGGAGUCUUAAACACCUUCCUACGCGCCAUUGGUAUCCCAUCAAGGGUCAUCACCAACUUCAGUUCAGCUCAUGACAACACAGGCAAUCUGAAGACCGACCUCAUCUGCAAGCCUGAUGGCUCACCAGACGAGCGCCACACCAGGGACUCCAUCUGGAACUACCACUGCUGGAAUGAGGUGUUCAUUUCGCGCAAUGACCUGCCACCUGGACUCGGAGGAUGGCAGGUGGUGGACGCCACGCCCCAGGAGACCAGUGAUGGACAUUAUCGCUGUGGUCCAGCUUCAGUCGCUGCCAUCAAGGAAGGGCUGCUUUGUCACCCGCAUGAUGCUGGAUUUGUCUUUGCUGAGGUUAGUUUCAACUUUUCUUUCAGUGGAAAAAGAACUUCUGAAGACAACAGGACUAUGGCUCGGGCGGAGGAGUACGGCUGUAUGAGGGAUCACUCUGAGCUGCCUGAGUCCCAGCUGUCUAUCAUCAUGAAUGCCCCACAGGUCCUCCUGGGUCAAGAUGUGAACCUGCAGGUGGAUUUCCACAACCAGAGUGAAUACCCCAUGACAGUCCAAACUCACCUGGCCGCGUCCGUCAUCUUCUACACCGGAGUCAGAGCCAGUCACCUGAAAGACCUGACCUUCAACAUCACCGUGCCGCCCCAUGAGAUAAAGAGUGAAAUGCUGAAGUUCCCAGCUCAGGAGUACCUGCCUCACCUGGGCUCUCAGCAGUGUUUGCACUUUACUGUGACUGGAACAGCUGACGACCAAUCAGUGACUACCAUCAAGGUGGUCGAGCUGCAGACUCCGAUGCUCACCCUGACGGUGAGUGGCCAGCCUCAGGUGCAGAGGGAGAUGUUUGUGACGGUCUCCUUCACCAACCCCUUCAACUUCCCCCUGCAGGAGGUCAACCUGUCCAUGGAGGGAUCAGGACUCAUGAGCGACAGGACACAUUACUACAGUGUCAUUGAUGCUCAGGCUUCGAUCACCUGGACAGAGUCCUUCACCCCUCGGCUGGAGGGACAACGCUGCCUUGUGGCGGUGCUGGACUGCAAGAACCUCCGUCAGGUGAGGGGAUCUACUCAUAUCCUCAUCACGCCCUGAAAUGAUUGGCUCACAGAGCUAGGUGACGCUGCCCCAUCUCCAUUUUCACCACGCCUCCACCAAUCACAGAAGCUUUAAACUGAGCGGGCGGAGCCAACAAACCGUGCAAAUGACAUCUUUGAUGAUGAUUUGAUUUCUUCCUUAAUUUUAUUUACAUAUAUCUUUGCUUAACAGACUCAGGGGGUUUUGUGUGACAUUUUAAAAUUAGCUUAGCUAGUUUAGUGAGGAAGCUCAAGGGUUAAAGGUAACAAUAUGCUUAAAAUGCAUAAACCUGGAAUUAAAAAAAGUUAUUGGGCAGAUUUGAGAAAUUGUAGGAUUUGUUUGUUUUUUAAUUGAUACAGUGAUCUGAGGUUACAUGUAAAAUCUAUAUUUUAGAUUCAUUACAUGAUAUAUUUACAUGAUAUAUAACGGUAAUUGAUAAUGAUAAUUUUAAAAUAGCCAAAAAAUCAAAUGCAGCAUAAACACGGUGUUGGAUAAUGGAACUACAAAGCAAAAGUUUAUGGACAUCCUAAUGGUCCUGCCACAUGUGAUUGGAACAGAGGGUGUCCACAUACUUUUUGCCAUAUAGUUUACAACUGGAACAAGGGUAAAAAAAAAUCAGCUCUGGAAGCUUCUCUGGUUCAACACCAUCUUUUAAUCAGUAAAUUUAAAUAAAACUCAACCUUUUUUUAACAGAAAUGAAAUUUAAAAACUGAGCAAAAAACUGUGAGGUGGUCCCAGCUGGAUCAAUGAGAGUGAGUUUGGCAGCAGCUCUCCUCCAUCACAUCUCCGCUCUGACACAAUGAGCCAAUAUGAAAUAUUAAUCAAUCAUAACGUCUUUCAAUCAGUAAUUAUCUGUGAUAUUCUUAGAGCAGUCAGACCUCACAUCCUCCUCUCAGUCUGCAUAUAAAAUGUGUUUAAUCUUCAUUCUUUAUUUUUGGAUGAA